CUUAUAAAUAUCCCUCUACAACCGGCCGCAUGCUGUUGUGCCACUGGCAACAUCAGCUCUGCGGACCGAUUUUCAGAGCAAGAAGAGAUGGAGGAACGCGUCAACGGUCUACCAUUGUAUUAAAAGGAAAUACCGAUUAUCUUUAUACUUCAACCUACUUGCCAUACUUUUGAUACACUUUUUCCCCGCAUUUUCUCAAUUUACAUUGACCCAACACAUGCGUUAUAACAACUUCAAUAGGUUAUAUCUCGUCGAGACGACACCUUGCGAGUACCAGGACGGGUUGAUUUUUGCACUGUUGUAUGUUCUUCUGUCAAGAACCGCGAUGCAACUGCUCAGCGAAGCCCACCUUGAUCUUGAGAUAGAGAAAUCAAAGACGGAUUUCUGCUGAGCGCGGUACUGGCCACAGUUGGAAAGCUCGCAGCGCUCUGAUGCGGUAGAGGUGUGCGCUAACCCACAGGCUACACGUCUGUUCUGCACAACUGGAGAUAGCGAGCUAGCUGGUUGUAGUUUGUUUUUGCUUCAAGGUUUUUAUAUUAAACCUUGAUUGGCAUUUAAUGGCCACAAUUCGGUCUUUUUCGUUUGGACAAUUGUAACUUUACGCGCGUUUAGUAUGCGUUUAUUGUGAAGUGAUUGGUAAUAUCAUACAUUGCCUACUGCUGCUGUCUGCUCCCCGCUGCCCGUAUAACGGAUUUUACAGAUUAGUUCACUUCCAUGGUUGAAUGGAUUUCCAGGUACAAUUUGAAAUACUGUGCUGAAACUGGGAUCACAAAACUACUACGUUUCCCAAUAUUUAGGCCACAAGUACUUAAGUGUGCAAGCCUAUAUAUCCAAUAUUUAGGCUUUUUUUUCAUGUUUAUAUUGCCUUUCCGUUAUAUUUAAAUAUACUUUCCAAGGCCGCUGUUAUCUUUUUUUGGUCAAGAUUUCAAGACGCUGCUGUAGUCUACUUUUAGAGUUCACAAUGAACUACUGCGUUUUAAGUCUUCUCCUGACCAUGGAUUUAGCCACUGUGGCCGUCAGUUUGUCUACAUGCAGUACGCUGGACAUGGAUCAGUUUAUGAAAAAGCGCAUAGAAGCCAUCCGUGGACAGAUACUGAGCAAGUUGAAGCUCACGAGCCCCCCGGAGACAUAUCCCAAGCCCGAGGAGGUGUCGCGGGAUAUCAUCGCCAUCUAUAACAGCACGAGAGACCUGUUGCAGGAGAAAGCCAACGAUCGGGCGGCGACGUGUGAGCGCCAACGAAGCGAGGAGGAGUACUACGCAAAAGAGGUUCACAAAAUCGACAUGCAACCCCCCUACCCCUCUGAGAAUGUUAUCUCUCCCACGCACUACAACCCGUACUACAGACGGCUCACCUUCGACGUGACCUCCAUGGAGAAGAAUGCCUCUAACCUGGUCAAGGCUGAGCUACGAGUCUUCCGCCUCCAGAACCCCAAGGCCCGCGUGUCUGAACAGAGGAUUGAAAUGUACCAGAUUUUGAGUCACAAGGACCUGGCAUCCCCGACGCAGCGCUACAUUGACAGCAAGGUGGUGCGCACGCGCACGGAAGGGGAGUGGCUGUCUUUUGACGUGACAGAGGCAGUCAGUGAAUGGUUGCUUCAUAGAGACAGAAACAGUGGAUUCAAGAUCAGCUUGCACUGUCCGUGCUGUACGUUUGUGCCCUCAAACAACUACAUCAUCCCCAAUAAGAGUGAGGAGCUGGAAACCCGCUUUGCAGGUAUAGAUGACAGCUUCCACCACAGCGGAGACCUGAAGGUGUAUCGGAAGCGGCGCCACAGCGCCCAGGCUCCACACCUGCUCAUGAUGCUGCUGCCCUCCUACCGCCUAGAGUCCCAGCACAAGAGCCACCGCUCCAAACGAGCCCUGGAUGCUGCCUUCUGCUCCAGAAAUGUCCAGGAUAACUGCUGCUUGCGGUCGCUCUACAUCGACUUCAAGAAAGAUCUGGGCUGGAGGUGGAUCCAUGAGCCCAAGGGCUACAAUGCUAAUUUCUGCGCCGGGGCCUGUCCCUAUCUAUGGAGCGCUGACACCCAGCAUUCCAAGGUGCUAGGCCUGUACAACACCAUCAACCCGGAGGCGUCAGCAUCGCCCUGCUGUGUGUCUCAGGAUCUGGAACCUCUCACCAUCCUCUACUACAUCGGCAAGACCCCCAAGAUAGAGCAGCUCUCCAACAUGAUCGUCAAGUCCUGCAAGUGCAGCUAGGAACUGUGCAUAUUCAGUCACACACACACACACACACUUGGAUACACACACAUUCAGUCACACACACAUGCACACACGCGUGUAUGCACCCACCCACCCACACAUAUAAAUACACAUACUGUACAUAUACACAUACACACAUUCAUCAACAAACACAUACUGUACAUUCACACAGUCAGUCACACUAUUAGUCUCCUGCACUAUUGUACAGACAUAUUUGAUCUCCUACAAGCACAAGUGGAAAAGGUGCUGAGCAGAUCUAGGUACAGAAAACAUGUCUCCCGAAACAUCCAUGCGCACACACACACACACACACACACACACACACACACACACACACACACACACACACACACACACACACACACACACACACAACACACACACACAC